AUGACUUUUCGACCUCUUCCGGCUGACGAAAUAGCCAAAUUAUUGAAUGAAAUAAACGAAGACAGUGAAGAUGGUAUGGAAGAUGACGAUGAUAGUGUUGCAGAUCCUGAUUAUCGAGCUGAGGAUGAGAUGGAACAAGAGCAGUUUUCUGGCGAUGAAAAUGAAGAUGAUGAAGUGAACCUUGAAGAGAUCAUUCAUAGUUUAGAAGACAAUCAACCUGAUCCGUCUCCAUCUACUUCUGCUGUGCCAACUAGAUCGCAACAAACCCAAUCUGUGGUACAACCUAGAAAGCCACUAAAACUCAACCUGCGAUGGAAAAUGAAAUGCCUGCUUUUGAAUGAGCAUCAGUUACGUUUUCUUGGAAACGAAAACUUACCAACAAAUGUUCUAGAGCUUGACACGCCGAUCCAGAUUUUCUUGUCCUUGUUUUCUAAAGAUUUAAUUGAUUUUAUAGCAACUCAAACUAAUUUAUAUAUUGUGCAAAAGGAUCCCAAUAAUAAUUUUCGGGUUUCCACAACAGACAUCCAGCAAUUUAUUGGCAUAGUGUCUUUCAUCAUGUCUUUGGUUCAGCUUCCUCGAGUUACCCAUCAUUGGAGUAGCACCAUUGGAACUCCUAUGAUUCAAGAAAUAAUGCCGGUAAAGAUGUUUGAAAAGAUUCGACAAUUUAUACAUUUUAAUGACAAUUUGCAAAACUUUCCUCGCGAACAUCCGGAAUUCGACAGACUGUUCAAACUUAGACCAGUUGUACAAAAAUUAAACCAAUCUUUUUCUGAAAUCCCUUUAGAACAAUAUCUUUGCGUCGAUGAGCAAAUAUGCUCUACGAAAGCUAGAAAUAACUUGAAAAGAUAUAACCCGAAAAAGCCUCACAAAUGGGGUUAUAAGAUUUACGUUCUCAGUGGAGUAUCUGGAUUUGCGUAUAAAAUCGAACCCGAAACUGGCUCAGAAAAUGUGGUACUGCCCAACGAACCUGAUCUUGGUGCUUCCUCAAAUGUUAUCGUGCGUCUAUCAAGAGAAAUACCUCGCAACCAAAAUUACAGAUUAUAUUUUGACAAUUACUUUACAAGCUUGCCACUGCUAGAAUACUUGUCACAAAACGGUAUACUGAGUCUUGGUACAAUACGCCGAAACAGGAUUCCAGAUUGUAAAUUACCUACAGACAAAGAAAUGUCCAAAAAAGACAGAGGCUAUUCUGUUGAGUAUGUUGCUGAUGUCAACGGUGUGGAUGUAGCAACCGUAGCCUGGAAAGAUAACAAAGUAGUAAAUUUAGCAUCCAGUUUUGUCGGAGAAAUGCCAAAAGCACAGGUGAGGAGGUAUGACAAGAAGACCAAGCAGUACAUAACAAUUGAUCGUCCAAAUAUUGUUGGAGAAUAUAAUCGCCACAUGGGUGGAGUAGACCUUAUUGAUAGCAUCAUGGGAUGCUACAAAAUACGGCUUCGUAGCAAAAGGUGGCAGGUUAGAAUGUUUUAUCAUUUAUUGGACUUGAGUAUAGCAAAUGCAUGGCUUCUUUACAAAAGAAUUCAAAAGGCUAAGGGAUUGCAGGAAAAACAUUUGAACUCGGCUGAUUUUCGGCUUCAAGUUGCUACAACUUUAUGUAAGCUUAGUGUACCAUCGAAGAUAAAGAACCGUCGAUCUAUCGAAAACGAACUUCAAUCAAAACGACACAAAGGUCCAGCACAACAUGUUCCUCCAGUGGCAAUCAGGCAGGAUCAGACAGGACACUGGCCUGUUUGGACAGAAAAGAGAAUUCGCUGCAAAUUUCCUAAAUGCUCUGGUGUCUCGCAAACAAUAUGCGAGAAGUGUGGCGUUGCUUUGUGCUACAAUAAACAUAACAAUUGUUUCAAACAAUUUCACCUAAGUUAA